CGAGCGGAGGAAAAAUUACGCCCGCGAUGAAGGAAGUUUGUUGAGUGAGGCUAAUAAGGGCCUGAAAACUGAGGUUCCAUUACACUAGGUUUACAUUCAGUGAUUUUAGAUGUCCUUUGAAAUAUCACUUCCUUCCUUCUUUUUUCGCCAGACCAUGUUCUCCGUUCACGACCAGCGGGCCCUGGGUUCACAGCUCCUAAGAAUUGUGGGACAGCGGCUUGCCUACGUCAUCCUGGAUGCUUCAGAGUCCUCUGAACGCGCCAAUCGCUUGUCACGCCUGCCAACGCAAAUCAGCAGCUGGAUCAAGUCACAAGACCCGUCUAGAUUGUCAUGUCGUAAGGUCCCUCUCUCGCACACUGUUGAUCUUCUGCGUGUAGUGCUAAGCCUGACACCGCAAGACUCGCCCGACUACUCUCUGACUUCAGGAUUGGCCGAGUCCAUCAAAUUCCUCCUCUAGACGUGAAGGAUAACGUUAUCCAGUCUGUUGGCUGUCGUGUUUGGCUAGCGUAGCUUCCAUACACAUCCUUGUGAAUUCGGCAACGAAGGUUACAUAUUCAGCAGAAUACAGAGUCCGAUGUAAUCCUUCGCCAGACUUGGAAAGAUGCGUUUCCAAAGUCUGGAAUAGUUUCUCCACAAACUCAACAGUUCAGCAGCCUCACGCUUACAUUGCAGUCAAAUUCAACAUUGGAAAUGAACGUUGUAUUGUCAGGUUAAGCUAGUCAUAGGACCCAAGUGCAUCUGAAGUCCGGGUUCAAACACGCAAAUCAAGACCUCAGAUUUAGCUUGACGAAGACGAGGAAUCGUGCCAAACAUAUUCAUUUCGCACAGCUAUCUCACAAUAACUCCAAAAGGAGCACUUCGGUUAAUUUGGGGGCGGGGGGGAAACUUUUAAAUUCCCUCGUAUUUUAAACGUUAUUCCAUUUUCGCUUUCUCACAGAGUACCUCAAAGUUCAAGUUUCAAGCUGCUUCGCACAUAGAGUUACUAACAAGUAUCGUUUGUUAUCGUUUAUAUCGGGGGAAGCUAGUUACUCUUGAAGGCCUUUUACGGGAGGCGAGGAGGGCUGCUGUUGUAUUUCCAUCAUAUUUAGCUAGCUCACGUAAAAGAAAAGGUACAAAAGAGUUUUUAAUAUUUAUUUAAUAGUUAGUACUAAAUUAGCCUGCAUAAGAACGACAACAGAAUACAAAUAUGCUGGACGAAUAAAGGCUCGAUUACUAGCCGCUGCUCGGGAAAGGAGCCCGCGCUCCUCUUCGGGAAGACGCGCGGGGACUGGACCCGAGAGAACGGCGGAAAUCGACCCUAGGACAAAUAGGUUCGAUAGAAUACAUAUAUUUCCCUCAAAUAUUUUUCCUGUUGAGAAAAUGGGAGGAGGGGUGGUUUUACUUGUUAAUCGUAGACGGGCUUAUAGGGAGAUAAUGGCAUAAAAGAGAAGAGUUUAUAUUUAGGUUUUACAGUCAAAAAUCAAUAGUCUUCCAUAGAGAUCCAAAUUGAAAAUGGGUAUUUUAGUAAAAGGAUGUCGCACGAAAAACUGUAAUUUUUUGAAAAGGAAAUGAAUGUAAGAACAACUAUGAUGUUGCCAUAUGUAAUAAAAAUUGAACAGGUUCUUUAA